AUGGCACCAUCUAAUCCUUUGGCCAAUUGGGAGAGACUGGGUGAUAGUUUCUAUCGCAAGGUUCCCAUCUAUGAUGCCAUCUUCGAUGAAGACAUCGAAUUGGAGAACUACAUCAUCGCUGGCGCUCCAUAUGGAGGAGCUAUCGCACUGCAUCGCGAUGAAAGCAAGCCAUAUCGGUUCCGUGAUGCUCAAACCACCAAGUCGAGUAUUGACAUCUAUUCGUGCUCCGGAAAGCUAAUCAACCGUCUGAAUUGGGAAUUUGGCACGAUCCGGGGCCUCGGAUGGUCUGAUAGAGAGGAGCUUUUGGUCAUUACUGAAGAUGGUACUGUCCGACGUUACUUUGGGCUCCAUGGCGAUUUUACUUCCUUUUCUCUCGGCAAUGGGGCUGAGGAAUACGGUGUAAGGGGUUGCCGUUUCUGGACAUCCGGAUUUGUGGCUUUGCUUUCGAACAAUCAGCUCGUGGCCGUGUCAAAUUACGACGAGCCUCGUCCCCGGCUCUUGGCCCCUUGUCCAGAAGGAGAGGUAUCGUCCUGGUCCUUGAUACCCCCGGCGUACACGCUCUCCCGCUCAGUCGAAGUUCUGUUGGCUGUUGACAAGACCGUAUACUUGGUCGACCCCACAGAGGCGGAGGACAAAGUCCUCCAGAAUGGCCCGUUCAAGCAUGCGAGCGUCUCACCAACCGGGCGAUUCGUCGCACUUAUCACAGCGGAAGGUAAAGUCUGGGUGGUGAGUAGCGACUUCCAAAGCAAGUACAGUGAAUAUGACCCGGAGUCCCGAGUGACACCCAGAACUGUCGAUUGGUGUGGAGAUGACGCUGUUGUUAUCGCAUGGGAGGACGAGGUGCAUCUCAUCGGACCGAAUGGAGUUGCUGCUAGGUACUACAGGUAUUAUUAUGAUGGGACAGUUCAUGUUAUACCGGAAUUUGAUGGUGUACGACUCAUCACCAACGAUACAUGCGAAUUCUUGCAUAAAGUUACUGAUGUGACGGAAGCCAUCUUCCGGCUUGGUUCUACUUCCCCGGCAUCAGUGCUCUUGGAUUCUGUAGACUUGCUAGAGAAAAAGUCUCCAAAAGCCGAUGAAAACAUCCAACGCAUUCGCCCGAGUUUGCCCGAGGCAGUUGACACCUGCGUCAAAGCGGCGGGCCAGGAAUUCGAUACACACUGGCAAAAGCGUCUAUUGAAGGCAGCCUCUUUCGGAAAAUCGGUGCUUGACUUAUACAACAGCGACGAAUUCGUGGAAAUGACGGAGAAACUGCGAGUCUUGAAAGCAGUGAGAGACUAUCAGAUCGGAUUGCCUAUCUCUUACGAGCAGUACAUGCGCCUCACGCCUGAGCGACUCAUUGAACGUUUAGUGAACAGACAUGAGUACCUUUUGGCAAUCCGAAUUUCCGAAUACCUCGAACUUGCCGCGGACAAGAUUUACGUUCAUUGGGCAAGCCAGAAAGUCAAAGUCGCCACGGGAGAUGACGAAGCCGUAUGUAAGCUUAUUGUUCAGAGGUUAGAUGGAAAGCCAGGCAUAUCGUUUGAGUUGAUUGCUCAGACGGCUUACGACGAAGGGCGCGUGCAGCUCGCAACACAAUUACUGAACCACGAACCGCGGGCCGGUAAGCAGGUUCCGCUACUGUUGAAUAUGGAAGAGGAUGAGAUUGCCCUGGACAAGGCAAUUGAGAGUGGAGACGUCGAUCUAGUGAACUAUGUUCUUCUACACCUCAAGGCAAAGCUUCCCCUGGCGAGCUUUUUUCGAACAAUCAACACCCGUCCUAUGGCAUCUGCUCUAGUGGAAACAAAUGCCCGCUCACAGGACACAGAGUUGCUUAAAGACCUGUUCUACCAAGAUGAUCGCCCGAUUGAUGGCUCGAACGUACUUCUUUCGGAGGCUUUGAACGAGACGGACUUGCCGCGGAAGACGGAAAGGCUUCACCUGGCAACCCGUCUGUUGUCAGACUCGAAAGAUCCUUCGGUGGUCCUGCAGCAGAAACUACUCUCCGAAGCCUCACAGCUUUUGAAAGUGCAGGAAGCGUUGGACAAGGAUCUUGCUGACAGGACCGAGUUUCUAGGCUUAAGCUUGAACGAAACGAUAUUUAGGUUGAUCCGAUCAGGUUACGGCAAAAGAGCACAGAAGCUCCAGAGUGAAUUUAAGAUGCCAGAGAAAACAUUCUGGUGGUUGAGAUUGAGAGCUCUAGUCGCUAAGCGAGACUGGGGCGAAUUGGAAGAUAUCGGUAAAAUCAAGAAAUCCCCCAUAGGGUGGGAGCCUUUUUACAAUGAAAUCCUGGGAGCAGGGAACACGAAGCUCGCCUCAGUAUUUGUCCCCAAAUGCACCAACCUGCCCGCAGACGAAAAAGUGGAAAUGUGGGUGAAGUGUGGGAUGAUUGCCAAAGCAGGCGAGGAAGCCUUCCGGGCAAAAAAUCUGAAUGCCCUCGAGCUCCUGCAGACCCGGGCGUCCGGACCAGCCGCCGCCGAGAUCGACCGGAUGAUCAACCAGCUGAGGCCCAGGAAAUAA